AUGGUCGCCACAACCACAUGGCACGUCGGGGAACGAAUAUGCAUGAGAUAUGAGGGUAGGCGGAGCUUUCAAUCAUCACACUCGGUGGCAUAUGAGCCACGAAUGGCUGCACCUGCUGCACCGGAACCACCAAGGGCUGCACCUACUGCACCGGAACCACCAAGGGCUGCACCUGCUGCACCGGAACCACCAAGGGCUGCACCUACUGCACCGGAACCACCAAGGGCUGCACCUGCUGCACCGGAACCACCAAGGGCUGCACCUACUGCACCGGAACCACAGAAAUUGAAUCGUGCGACAAGUCGCUUAGGAGUUGAAGAAUCUAGAACGCGUGGUCAUGGGAGACGCCGCGGAGAACGUGAGUACCGUCAUCAAGCGAAGCCUGGUGAGUAUUCCCAACGUAUGGGGAAGCCAACCACUUCCAAGAGAGUAGAUGGUAGUAGACGUUUUUCUCUUGAUGAGGUUGUUGAGGAUGUGGAACAGAUAAAGCUGGUGUUUGCUCAACGUGGGACAGCUGGGCCCGUUUCUCUACUCCGGCUUCUCCGCCUCACAUUGUCUUACCGUCAGUUGCGCCUCCUGCACCAUUACCGCCGUCAUCUCCGCCUCCACCUCAACUUACUGUGCCGUCCUUGA